AUGGCUGAGUCCAAAAAUUGGCGAGCCCGCGAUGCAGAUGCGGCACAGGCAGGGGCCACGGGGGCCGCUGCCUCACAACGUGGGACAAGAGGGCCACAAAAGGCCGCUUCCUCAACUCAUGGGGCAAAAGGGCCCAAAAUCCCCUCGGAUCUCCCUCGGGCAGCAUUAUUGAUGCUGCUUGAUGUCAAGGCAGCAAAAGCAGCCACAGAGCUAUUCAAGAAGCAUCAACUGAAGGGCCAUGAGGCGUUGGCACUCGUCCAUUUGCCCCUGCCCUUGCCGACAGAGCGCCAGGCCUUGCUCAAGAAGUGCUGUGACCUCAUCCCUGACGACGUAUUCGCGCAGUGCCAAAACAAAGUGCCCCGCGCUGGAAAGGGUAUCAACCCCAACAUGAUGCAGGUGCUCUUGGACAAAGCCGACGCUCUGAACGAGGCUCACCAAAAGUUCUCUGACGAGUUCGGCUUGGGUCUGGCCCUUCUUUCCACUGUCGAGGGUCCGUCCCCAAAUUAUGGUUAUCCAAAUUGCGACGUUGUGGGCAGCAUCGGCUUUGGUAAAAUCGAUGGGCGCGAACCAGCGCAGGAAGCUGCCAAGCGUGAGGCCUGUGAGGAGGCCUGCUUGUCCCUGCAGGAUCGCGACAAAUUGUUCAACGUUUGUUUUGAAACAACCUCUUCAAAGACUUUCAAGGUUGCAACUAAGAAAUGCCAGGGACUGUUGGAACGGCACCUUGCACAUGACCACGGCCAAACCUGCAUCGCGACAAGCCAGAACGAUCUCGGGCAAAUCCGCCGAGCCCAAGAAGAGCGGAAGGUGGCCCGUGGCCUCGAUAUAAUCGGUCCCGCCCCACGGCGGAUCAAUGACGGCCGCCAUGGGGACGCGCAUGUUGUGGUGAAGCAUGGCAUAACGGGUGGCAUCGAGCUCAUUGGCCACGACGGCAAAUUCCUGCACAAGGCCCAACGUGUUGCCCCCAACGCAGGCCGUAAUAUCCAUGACGGUCUUUCCUCGGGGCACGUACAGCCGCAAAAGCUGGGCCAUCAGAUUGGCGCGCGUAGCAUCGGUGAUGGAAAAGGUGGCCUCCUCGUCUGUCCAAAGAGCUGCACGCUGCUCCGCCGUAAAACCACACUUGUCAGGGAAGAAAAAAUUGAGUUUGCCGUGCCCUUGCACAAUGUUCCGAGCCGGGUCGGCGACCAGCGUCACGACCGGCUCGGGGUUGACACCAGCAAGGCCAACCGCCUGCUCUGCUCUGGCGUCGGCGCCUGAACGCGGUUCCUCCCCAUUUCGUCCCUCCCCUGACACCAACGCAAACCCUGUGGUCUCACCCGCAGCCUGCUCCUCCGUCACCUCCCCUGGCUCCGGGCCAGCCGGACUAAAAGAGAUGCCCGGGCUUGUCCAGAUGCCCGGGCUUGUCCCGAAGCCGGGGCUUGUCCCGAAGCCGGGACUAGAAUCGAAGCCUGUGAUAUCUGAACAUGGCGUCGUCAUCAAGGACGGUGCAUCUUCGGGCGUCGCCAUGAUGUGUCAGGAG